CGCCAACACAUGGUGUAACAGAGAUGUGAAACGCAGCCCUGUGAUAGAGAUAGUGGUGCAUACAUAAAAAAUAAGAAAAAUGAACGUUUAAUUCGAUGACGGUACCAUGGUCAAACAUCGACUUUCUACAGUUUUGUGAAAUUAACAUAAAAACCGUAAUAUACUAGUACUCAAGUUUUAAUAUAUCAACCAAAUACAAGCAAUUUAUACUGCUGUGAGGUGUUUGGACAACAUGAUAUCACGGAAGCUCCUUGGACGAAUUACUCUCUUCACUCUGUGUUUAACGUUUGGACAUUAUAUAUUACUUGGAAUAGAAAACACAUUGAUAAAAGGUCAUAUAUCAGGAACUGAUCAAAUAUCAAGACUGAUGUACGGCCAUCCACCGAUGAAAUCACCGGGGUGUAGUGAUCAAAAGUUCGUGCUGAUAUUCUCCUACGAAAGAUCUGGAUCUACCUUCUUAGGGGCGGCCAUGGACCAACAUCCUUCUAUAUUUUAUAUAUACGAGCCCUUAAAUCCACAACAUGAAGAGGAAAUGCAAUUCCCAAGACGGAAUACCAUCAGCGACAAAUGGCUGGAGUUGGAGGCUGACGUGUACAGGCAAGUUCAGCUCUGCAAGUUGGACCAACUCCCAGAGAAAAUUGACAUCAUGAGAAGUGAACUCCUGUACAAAUUCUCCAAAGUUCAUCCUGAUGUCUAUAUGGAAGGGUUUACGGAAUGCAUGACGAGGAAAAGCAGUAGACUUAAUCCAUUGGGCAUCAAUAAAACAGAUUUUUGUAUACAAGGUGUUCUGGGAUUGUGCAAAUCGAGGUCGGUGGUCCUUGUUAAAGAAGUUCGAGGUACAAUGGAAGGAUUCUCUCGCUUCGUCCAGAGACAAGACUGUUCAGACAGUGUGAAAGUUAUCCAUCUUCUCCGAGAUCCCAGGGGAGAAAUUAACAGUCGUUUUAAAACAAAAUGGACACAUUUUAUAAAAUAUCCAUUGGUUGAUAAAUACGAGUUUAUCAGUUCGUUGUGUGGACGUAUGUUAAAGGAUAUAAGGAUAAGACGAGAGCUUGAAAAGAAGUACCCAGACAUGUUUAUGCAGUUAAAAUACGAAGAUGUUACUAAAAAUCCCGUACAGACAUUUGAGGCUCUAAUGGAAUUUAUUGGAUUGCCCUUCUUUCCAUAUCACAAAAAGAUGUUGGAGUUAAAGUCUAAAAACUCGUCAGUAGAUAUAUGGAAGAAUACGCUUAAUAGGACUUUACUGAGGGAAAUUGAUGAACGUUGUUCAGACGUGUAUGGUGAACUAGGUUAUCAAAAGUCAGAAGUUAACAGAAUAUGAUUCAACCAAGAUAG